CCACUCCCAAGCCACCUCAGUGCUAGGAAGUUUGCUCAGCCCUGAGUCCUCCCGGGAGCAGGGGGGCAGAGCUGAGCGGCUGCCCGGAGCUUGGCAGGAGGAGGGGCCGGGGAAGGGGGAGGUAGGGAGAUCCGGCUGGAGGGGAGGCUCUGACAACGUCUCCUUCCUGGUUCCUGCAGCAGCUGCUGCCACUGCUCAGCUCCUUGAGGAGGGAGCGGGUGAAUUGAGACAGUGACUCAGAGGCAACGCGGCACACGGGCCAGGGUACACUGGCGUCCAUGGACCCUGAGGAUCCUCUAAGGACAAGGUGACAUCCUUCCCCUCCCACUUAACUCUACAUCCAAAGCGCUGAGUGGCCAUCCCCUUCUCCAUGGACUUCCGAGAGAAGGACCCUCCCUUUCUAUCCGAGAGCACUCAGUCCGCCAAGUCCAGCAGUGCUCAGCAGGUCUCUGAGCUGUGGGAGGUGGUGGAGGAGCCUCAGGGCAGGCUGGGGGCAGACAGGAUCAUGCCUGAGAGGCAGGAAGGGCACCUGCUCAAGAAGAGGAAGUGGCCUCUGAAGGGCUGGCACAAGAGGUACUUUGUGCUGGAGGAUGGGAUCCUUCACUAUGCAACCACUCGGCAAGAUAUCACCAAGGGGAAGCUCCAUGGUUCCAUUGACGUCCGACUGUCUGUCAUGUCCAUCAACAAGAAGGCCCAACGCAUAGACCUUGACACUGAAGACAACAUCUACCAUCUCAAGAUCAAAUCCCAGGACCUGUUCCAGAGCUGGGUGACUCAGUUGCGUGCCCACCGCUUGGCCCAGCGCCUGGACAUGCCUCGAGGUCCAUUGCCCAGCACCACUCACUGGAAGGUCCCUGGUGCCCAGCUCCCAGCAGCAGGCAAUACGUCAGCUCUACCUGGGCUUGGACCUCGGGAGAAAGUGUCUUCCUGGCUGAGGGACAGUGACGGGCUAGACCGCUGCUCUCAUGAGCUCUCUGAGUGUCAGGGCAAGCUCCAGGAACUUCACAGGCUCCUCCAGAGCCUGGAGUCCCUACACCGAAUCCCUUCAGCCCCUGUCAUCCCCACCCACCAGGCCUCAGUGACCACAGAGAGACCCAAGAAGGGGAAACGAACCAGCCGCAUGUGGUGCACACAGAGCUUUGCCAAGGAUGACACCAUUGGACGGGUUGGGCGGCUCCAUGGCUCUGUUCCUAACCUGUCUCGCUACCUGGAGUCUCGGGACUCUUCGGGGCCCCGAGGGCUGCCACCCCCAGAUUAUGCCCACCUGCAGCGCAGUUUCUGGGCCCUGGCCCAGAAGGUGCACAGCUCUCUCAGCAGCGUCCUGGCUGCCCUCACCAAUGAGCGGGACCGACUCGGGGACCUGCACCACGGCUCUGAAAUGCCAAGGAUGGGGGUCUCUGAGGUCUCAGCAGGCCCCCAGAGACUCCACUCACUCUCUGUUUCCUCGGACACCACUGCAGACUCCUUCAGUUCCCUCAACCCUGAGGAGCAAGAAGCUCUGUACAUGAAGGGGCGAGAAUUGACACCCCAACUUUCCCAGAGCAGUAUCUUGUCCCUCGCCGAUUCCCACACAGAGUUCUUUGAUGCCUGUGAGGUUCUCCUGUCUGCCAGCUCUUCUGAGAAUGAGGGCUCAGAGGAGGAGGAGUCAUGCACCAGUGAAAUUACCACCAGCCUGUCUGAGGAGGUGCUGGAUCUCAGAGGAACCGAACCCUGUCAGAAAGGGGGUUGUGUUCCAGGGCGAGCUGCAGGCCCACCCCGCCGCAGAUGCCUGCCUGCAGCCAGUGGACCUGGGACCGAUGUGAGCCUGUGGAACAUACUACGGAACAACAUUGGCAAGGACCUGUCAAAGGUGUCGAUGCCGGUGCAGCUCAACGAGCCCCUCAACACUCUGCAGCGGCUCUGCGAGGAGCUGGAGUACAGCAGCCUGCUGGACCAGGCCAGCCGCACCACAGACCCCUGCGAGCGCAUGGUGUACAUCGCCGCCUUUGCUGUCUCUGCCUACUCCUCCACGUACUACCGAGCAGGCUGCAAACCCUUCAACCCUGUCCUGGGGGAGACCUAUGAGUGCGAGCGGCCAGACAGAGGUUUUCGCUUCAUUAGUGAGCAGGUCUCCCACCACCCCCCCAUCUCGGCAUGCCAUGCAGAGUCUGAGAACUUCAUCUUCUGGCAAGAUAUGAAGUGGAAGAACAAGUUCUGGGGCAAAUCCCUGGAGAUAGUGCCUGUGGGGACAGUCAAUGUCAGCCUGCCCAGGUUCGGGGACCAUUUUGAGUGGAACAAGGUGACCUCCUGCAUCCACAACAUUCUCAGUGGGCAGCGCUGGAUCGAGCACUACGGGGAGGUGCUUAUCCGGAACACCCAGGACAGCUCCUGCCACUGCAAGAUCACCUUCUGUAAGGCCAAGUACUGGAGCUCCAACAUCCAUGAGGUGCAGGGUGCCGUUUUCAGCCGCAGUGGCCGGGUCCUCCACCGCCUGUUUGGGAAGUGGACCGAGGGCCUGUACCGGGGACCCCCACCCAGUGGCCAGUGUGUCUGGAAACCCAACUCAAUGCCCCCAAACCAUGAGCGAAACUUCGGCUUCACUCAGUUUGCCUUGGAGCUGAAUGAGCUGACGUCAGAGCUGAAACGGUCGCUGCCUUCCACCGACACACGCCUCCGGCCAGACCAGAGGUACCUGGAAGAGGGGAACAUACAGGCAGCCGAGGCCCAGAAGAGGAGGAUCGAGCAGCUUCAGCGUGACAGGCGAAAAGUGAUGGAGGAAAACAACAUCGUCCACCAGGCUCGCUUCUUCAGGCGGCAGACGGACAGCAGCGGGAAGGAGUGGUGGGUGACCAACAACACGUAUUGGCGGCUGCGGGCUGAGCCGGGCUAUGGGAGCCUGGAUGGAGCAGUGCUCUGGUAGCCCUGGCCGUGGGGCAGGGGACUCUGGCUUUGCACCUGCCUCCACCCUCUCAUGGACACAUGGGCGAGGCAAGGCUCCCUCACUCUGCCCUGAAGACUCACGGGAUAGCUCUAGCUCUGACCCUCUCCCCUCUGCUGGCCAGAGGGGCUGCAUCUCAGAAUCCAUGCUCCUCCUAGUCUCAUUGCCCCAGACAACUGGCAUGUAAGACCCUUCUUCCUCUGUCUUCCCCGUUCCUGUCAUCACUGGUGUACUUGGGGGAGACGCCGGGCUCUGCAGGAUCUGUUCCCCAUUUCAGUGCCUUCCUAGGACACGGGGGACCCCUUGAUGCUCCCCAGGCUUCCUAUGCCCAGCUAUGAGGUUGGAUGUGUGAAGGGAAGGAGAUAGCCUUUUCUUCCUUGACCCCUGUCCUAUCCCCUGUCUCCAGCAUCAUCUCAGCUACAGCUCAGCGGAGCUCCCUCUGCUUGGUCCCUGGUAGCCUCGCCCACCCUCUUGGGUCCCCUUCUCCCAAACUGCAAAACGCCUGCAGCUUCUAGCUCCUUCCUUGGUCCUCAAGUGAUUUCCUUUGAUCUCAGCUCAGUGGAUCCCCUCAAAGCCAACCAGGCCUCUCCGAGAGAUGGGGAACAGACUGAGCACACCAGGCACCUGACCUCAGCCUCACCAGGAGUGUGUGUGCACGAGUGUGUUUGUGUAGGACAAUGUGUAUGUGUGUGUAUGUAUGUGUGCUUGUGUGCCGCUCGCAGGCGAGCGGGAUUCCCAGUGUAGCCCAGAUGUCGCCCUGCUGGGUGCCAGCCACUGUUGCUGCUCAUUUUGCACAGUCUGCCUCUGAUCAAGGUGAACUGCUAUGGCGUUCCAAGCUCCAAUAAAGACUGUCCUGAACUUUG